GCCGCGCCGCGGUGCGCAGGCGCAGCCGACGGUGGGUCGGGGCUUCGGUCGACUGAGAGGUCUGAGCAGGCAGCGUCACCUCAGUAGCCUCGAGAUGGACAACAGGAAGCGCCUGGCGUAUGCCAUCAUCCAGUUCCUGCAUGGCCAGCUGCGGCAUGGCGGGCUCUCGCCUGAUGCCCAGGAGAGCCUAGAGGUUGCCAUCCAGUGUCUGGAGACAGCCUUUGGGGUGACAAUGGAGGACAGUGACCUAGCUCUCCCCCAGACCCUGCCAGAGAUAUUUGAAGCAGCUGCUGCCAGCAAGCAGGAGACGCCACAGGACCCAAGGGGCCCUGACAGGACACCACCCUCUGAGGAGGACUCCGCUGAGGCAGAGCGCCUCAAAACUGAAGGUAACGAGCAGAUGAAGCUGGAGAACUUUGAGGCAGCCGUGCACCUCUAUGGCAAAGCCAUUGAUCUCAACCCCUCCAAUGCCGUCUACUUCUGUAACAGAGCUGCAGCCUACAGCAAGCUGGGGAACUACGUGGGGGCUGUGCAGGACUGCGAACGUGCUAUUGGCAUCGACCCAGGCUACAGCAAAGCCUAUGGCCGCAUGGGCCUUGCGCUCUCCAGCCUGAACAAACAUGCCGAGGCCGUGGCUUACUAUAAGAAGGCCCUGGAGCUGGACCCUGAGAAUGACACAUACAAGUCCAACCUCAAGAUCGCGGAGCUGAAGCUGCGGGAGGCGCCGAGUCCCACGGGAGGCGUGGGCAGCCUGGACAUUGCCGGCCUGCUGAACAACCCGCAUUUCAUCACUAUGGCUUCCAGCUUAAUGAACAGUCCCCAGCUGCAGCAGCUGAUGUCAGGCAUGAUCUCUGGCGGCCAUAACCCCUUGGGCACCCCGGGCAGCAGUUCAUCGCAGAGUGACUUGGCUAGCCUCAUCCAGGCGGGCCAGCAAUUUGCACAGCAGAUGCAGCAGCAGAACCCAGAGUUUGUGGAGCAGAUCCGGAGCCAGGUGGUGCGCAGCCGGACACCCAGCGCCAGCCACGAGGAGCAACAGGAGUGACGCUCAUCUGUAUGGUGACCCCAUCGCUCCUCGGCCUCCUGGUGUUUUAGCAUUUCCUCCGUCAGGCUGCCCAGGAGAGACUGGACCUGCGUGUUCAGACGGAUCGCCCCGUGUCUCUCUUCAUUCCCUAUCCCCCACUUCCGUUUUUUGUAUUCUUGCCGCCCCCAUCCCUUCCCGGAAGAGUCAACCGGACAGCCACACACCAGCACCCUCUCCUUCAGCACCUAAGGAAGCUGCUGGGAGUGCAGGGCAGCACGGGAGCCACGGGUGUGUUCUGGGCCCUUGGGUCCCAAGCCCUACCCUGCCUGGUUUAAAGGGACUUGAAUGGUUGACUCUCAGCCCCCUGGGAAGCGUCCACUGCCAGCCCCAGCUAGGUGCCAGCGUUCUGUGCCCACACUUGGGUUGCAGGUCCCAACAGGUGCCCCUGCCUGACUUAUCUCAGUGGCCUGUGCCACACAGGCGAGACCUGUGGACUUUUGCCCCACUUGUGGACUGUCCGUGUCUCCUCUUCACAGCCAUCAGCAGUCCUGCUCCAUCCUCGCCCGGGCAGAAGACAUGUUCACCCUGCCCCGUCUGUGCCCUUCUGUCCUCCAUCUCAUGGGAAUUCAGUGUCUUGGGUUGUUGGGCAGUCUGGGGGUGUUGGCCCUGUGCCAUGUGCUGAGCCCUGAAACAGCCACCAGAACCAUUUUUGUUCAGGGCAGUCUGUACGGUGAGUGAGGCCAUGUAGCUGUCCCCACCCCCGCUCUCAGCUCCAGGAGCGGGAGACAAGACCACAGGACAGCUGAGCCAGCAAUAGUGUCGGCUCUGCGUGUUGUAGGUAGCCAGUAGGAAGAUGGGCCCUGUGGCCAGUGCUGUCCGCUUGCAAGCCGCAGCAGUGCCCAUCUGGGCACAGAACUCCUGGGUAAUAAAGAGACAAGGGUGAUACUUGGCCUCCCGUGUCAGCCUGAAUCCCAUGGACCUGACAACUAACAUACCACCACCACAGCCUGAAGGGUCAGUCUUUCCCCCUGAUAACACACCACAGCCUGAAGGGUCAGUCUGUCCACCUGGCACACAGGAGACAUGGCAAGGCCCCUCAGAUACUGUACACAUGGGAAACCGUUGGUUAGAGUUGGACGCAGGCUACUGGUAGGUCCGUGGAAGUGGGGCCUGCACCCAUGGGAAGUGGGGUUCCUGCCCUCGGACCUGAGAACCCAGCCUUGCAGCCAGCUACCCUGUCCCUUCCCUGCUAUCAGCUUCGCAGGCUACAGGAAACCAAGCCCUGUCAGGGAGGCAGGUGGAGGCCGGCACCCGGCAAGCUCUUGGCUAUGGAGGCACAGGCCUUUAGGACCAAUCUCUGUGUGUUUCUGAGUGACCGUAGAGAAUGGCCUUAGCCUGUUCUGUAGUCUUCAGGGUGAGUAACCCCAGGGCCUGACUGUAUGGUCCCCAGUGUUGGUGAUCAUCUGCCUUGGAGGCCGUGUUUUUGGGGUGCAGUGCUUAGCAUUGGAGAGAGACUUGCAGGUGACAACAGACAACGACUUCUGCCUGUCUGCCUGUUACCAAGACAGCCGUUCACAUUUGUCAUCACAGCCAGCUACUGUGAGAACUUCAUGGUGGUGAUCCCGGCACUCGGGAGGCAGAGGUCUCUGAGAGUUGGAGACCAGCCUCAUCUACAGAGCAAGUUCCAGGACAGCCAGGGUCACACAAAAACCCUGAGUAGGAAAUUUAAAAUAGGGGUGGGGGGUUCUUUGGUGUGUCCAUGCCACAACAUGCAUGUCCAUGCCACAACAUGCAAUCAGGUGUCUCCUUUCAUGUGGCACUCAGUGAUGGAACUGGACUCUUCAAAUUCGGGGUAUGUGCCCUUACCAGGCCAGCCAUCGUGGCUAGCCCAUCUUCAAGGACACUGAUUCACCCAUA